UUCUCCCUCCUUUCUACAAACUCUCUCUCUCUCGCUCUCUCUCUACUUUCUGUCUCUAAGACACAUCUCAAAUCCUCCGCCAUUUACAACGAUCCGAUUUCGAUCCAAAUGGGUAUUUGCAGCUCGUCCGGGUCGACCCAAGUGGCCACCGCCAAGCUGAUUCUACAGGACGGAAAAUUGCAAGAAUACCCGUAUCCGGUAAAGGUCUCCUACGUGCUCCAAAAGAACCCCACCUGCUUCAUUUGCAACUCCGACGAUAUGGACUUCGACGACAUCCUUCAGGCCGUCAGCGGUAACGAGGUGCUGCAGCCGGGCCAGCUGUACUUUGCCUUGCCGCUCAGCUGGCUCAAGCACCCGCUGCAGGCGGAGGAGAUGGCCGCAUUGGCCGUUAAAGCCAGCUCCGCGCUUAUGAAGAGUGGCGGCGAGAAAUGUGGGUGCCGCCGGAGUUCGGUGUCGUCGCUGAUAUUUUCCGGCGAGGACGUGAAGGAUCGUCGGAGAGUGGUGGCAGCUGGUGCCGGUGGGGGGUCGAGGAGGGGGAGGGGAAAUGGGGGUAAAAGGCGGUAUGCGGCGGACUUGAGUGCGAUUCCGGAGUAGGGUAGUUUGGGAAAUAAGACGGAGUAAUUGUGUAAAUACAUUGUAAUGAUCUGGAUGUGAUUAGCGGGUCGGUAGAUUUACUUGAUUUUGUUUUGGAGUUUAAUUUGUUUGUCCCCUAACCAUUUUGGGGUCGUGUUACAAUUUUACCCUGGAUGGUUUUGAGAAAACGAAAAACAAAGAGAAAAAGAAGUCACUA